GAAAACGAUAUAGGUAUGUGUCUACAACAGUUGUUGGAAGUUUUCACAUAUAACCAAAAUGUAUGUGCUUUUUAUGUUUUAAUUAGAACAAGAAAAGUGGAGUGACAUAUUGAGUUAUCAUACAAACAUCUGUUUAUACUUAUUAAAGCACAGAGUCUACAACUUCUGGUGGACAAUGCAAGUGUCCUUGAGAACACCUCGGUAACACUGACAUGCAUUUUACCCAGUAAACCCACGCAAUUGUCUUGGUGGCGAAACGGUAGCUCAUCUGGAAUGUGGACAUGGAUGGAUGACGAAACCUGUCAUUCAUCGCCAACGCCACUGCCCGGGCUCAGCUUCUCUUGCAUAAAUAACACAGUCUACACGUUGACUCUAAACCACGUACACAGGAGCCAAGAUGGAGAGACGUGGAACUGUGCGGUCAAUUAUAUUGGAACAACUAUGACGCCAAGCAAUAACAUAACACUCAGUAUUUUGGUUCAUAUCAAGAAACUUACUAUUAGCCCGUCAAACGAUAUAUUGUAUCUGAUUUUAAAUCAACCACACAAUAUAUCUUGUACCAGCGACUUUGGAAUACCCAGUCCUUCGAUAUCCUGGUUAAAACAUCUGAGUACAAGCGAUACAACUUAUGACAUAGAUAUGACAGGAUUUUCGUCAGCGAAAACUUUGAAUCACAUUACCAUCAGCACGUUGAAUUUCGUCCCUUCUAAAUCCGAUCACAACAUGGGACUUUCAUGCAAGGGAAAUAACGGAGGAUUAAUAAUCAGCUCAGAGGCAAAGUUGAUUAACGUCCUAGAGGGACCAGCUACUCCGGAAAUUGUGUUUAACGGAUCAACCGUGUCAAGAACGCUCAACAUUACUUCUGGUCAGUCUCUAACACUCAUUUGUAAGAGCAGUAGCAACCCACCUCCUACCUUUUCAUGGCGCCAUCCAAGUGGUUCAGCAACGGGUGCAAUUUUAACAAUAACAAGUAUUCAACCUUACCAUGAUGGAGCCUUCACGUGCACAGCGCAAAACACAUUGCUAUCGUCAACGGGUAAAAUUAUUUCCGAGCAGAGCACAUCAGCAGUUAACGUUGUUGUUUUUGUUCCAAUUACUUGUGUGUCGGUUGUCGGUGAACACGUGGACGUCGUUGUGAUGAAAGAGCACGAAACCAAAUAUUUCACGUGAGAGAUCUCUGCCGGAAAGCCAGUGGCAACUGUUCAGUGGUAUAAGGACAAUGGUACACCAGACAAAAUUACAGAUGACAUACCGUUGUAUCCGUCGAGCUUCAAUACCACGAUUAAUGUGGAUUCAUCCGUUAGAAGCGUCCUUAAUUACAAAGCAGCACGUCAUGACCAUGGUGCGAGCAUAUAUUGCACAGCGACCAAUGUUGGAGCAGUUUUGACAUCUGAGACAAAAAUAAAAUUGAUCAUAUCAUCUUCACCUGAAACUCCCGGUUCGCUAGAAGUUGCAAAGAUUGGCUUGGAUUAUGCAACUGUGUGCUGGCGUUACAAAGACACUAUUAAGCCAAACUUCAUCUUGGAAUCACAACGUUUUUAUUCGAUGUGGAUAAGCCAUCCAAAAUUAGAUAUGAUCGUUUACGUUGACUACAAAAUUUGCACCGUGCUCCGUAUGCUUGAGUCAUCUACCCAAUACAACGUUCGAGUUUAUGCAAUAAACGAUUUGGGAAAAAGUUCAUAUUCUACAAUAGAAUCAUUUACGACACAGAUGCGUUCGACAACUGGGGAGCAAUAAAUAAUACAAAUAAAAUUAGUGAUUAUUUGGAAUAAGUGCAUCAAUUAAAACAGCUACUCAUAUUCACUACUUAAUACUGACAUUGAACAAACGUUAUCGCUGAUAUGUUUUCAGCUCGUGUUCCGCCCACACCAGAAAAGCCUAAUUUAAAAGAUUCAGCCGAUGAACUUGACAAUGGUAUUUUGACGGCCUUGGCAGUCAUACUGUGUAUGCUGCAUAGGAUGUAAUCGACAAACAUACAAGAGUGAGAGUGUGUGUGGAAUAUUACUGUUACUUCUAUAGAUGCCCGUGUGAACUAUUGUAAGAAAAACAAUGGACAACUUGUUGUUAAACUGCAAGGAAUUUUCAAACACCUGUUUAAUGGUUGAAUUUAUUACAAACACCAAUUCUAUGUAUAAUUAAGUAUUCAUGACUGCAGAAUAUUCCUAACACAAUCUAC